AUGCCCUCUGCCAAUGCCUCCGCAACCUCGCGCCGUCGAUCCAGUAGCCGAGCGACCACCAAACCUAGGCGUGUCGAGGUCACCACUUCGGCAUCCUCUACAUCCAGGAAAAGGGCACAGCGACACCGCAACCGCAUCGCAUCAACAUCAAGCAAGUCAAGCGGUACAACCAAUCGGCAUUCAUCUAUGACGAUGAGCUUGAUCACAGAUCUACGACCUCGGACAACACCACCGCCCGUAAAUUCGUCACCCAUGACGACCCUUAUCAGACCUUCCUCCUCCCAUGUGCUCGACUCUCCCAUCGACUCGCCAGUCAGCCUCGGUCCGGGAUACAAACCCGGCAAGAUGGCCAAUCCAAGGCGUCAAUCGAGAUUUGAUCCUAUCGGUCGGGAGGACGAUUUGGAGGAGGAUGGCUAUGAUGAGUUGGGUUCAAGACAUCCACUAAGAAGAAUGGAUGAGAGCCAGAGGAGAUCUUCUGAAAUCAGUCUUCCUGGAGUGAAAGCAUUGUUCGGCUCCAUCAACGAUCGCCCCCCGACUCCCUCAUCGGCAUCCCAAUCACUUCUCUACGGCUCCUCGCUGCCUUCACUUCGACCUGACUCGUCAGAAUCAUCCUCCCCGUCAACCGUGAGGACAACUCGUUAUACCUCUGUCGGAUCCCUUAGCUCAGGUGUCGCGGAUUCUUUCUCAACUAUAUCGUCCAACUCUGGAUGGUGGGCGCCUGACUAUGAACGGUCUGCAUCCAGUUCUGGACCUUCGUCGGCGUCUGGGCCGUCCAACGCGCGAGGCUCUUGGUCGUCCACGUCGCCUCGUCAUCGCAUGUCUGUGUCUCAUGAGCCCAGUCCAUCAUAUCUCGAUGAGUAUUACGACAAGCGUCGACGAUCAGAUCAGACGUCUUCGCAAAAGGACCCAGAGGAGCUUGCCAGGCUCAAAUGGGCCUCACAGAACAGAAAUGCCUCUUAUCCUACCAGUGGGUCGUUCAGUGCAUCUGGACCACUACGUGCCAUGUUACAUCCUCCUCAAUCCUCGUCAGCUGGCAUGUCCACGACUCGGUCGACAGACCCUUACCCCCAUCCAUCAUUUUCUUCGCCUCUCACUCCUCACAACGAACUAGGUGAAUUCCCAUUCGAGCGUCGUCCACCGGUCCCCCGGAAUCUGUCAAUUGUCGGUGGGCAACUCGCCCAGUCUUUUGCAGAUCUGAGUGCAUCAGAGAGACAAGAGAUGCCCCCACCCUUGUCACGAUCUGGAUCCCGCGGUGGCCCAACAGAUUCGAGCGCUCAAUCUCCCCGCGAUCCGAUCCGUCACCAUCAGGGCGUUGUUAGUCCUCGAUCAAUGACGAGGACGCCGAGCCAUCAGCGACUUUCGCCUUUAUCACCUCAACCGCCAAAGACUGCUCCGCCUCUCACCGGAAGCAUAUCUGAUCAAUCUGAACAUGCUCGACUCCGUUCAGUUGGACAACCAGAGACACCAGGAGCCACACGACACGGUAUUGAUCGCCGAUCUUCCUUGUCUGAACUAAUUCGUUCAAAGACUGGUGAUGAUUUGGCCAUGGCUCAAGGGCGAUUCACACCGGGCAGACCCUUUGGACUGGCCUCCGAUCCUUCACUGCCGACGAUGAGAAGGCCCGAAGGUCCAUCUGCAACCCCGCUGGAACGAGCGUCAUUGAGUGAUACAUCCAUCAUCCUCACCGGUUGGAAUCCAGAUCACGAAGCAGACGAGGUCGAUGAGCGACCUCAUAUGGGAGCUCGCAAGCGAUCAGCCGACGAACGCGAUCACUACGCUGGACCGUUUGACGCUCCUAGACCGUCGCCUCACGGUCCUCCUCGACAGAGCUCUUAUACGCGGGAAAAGAAGUCGACGAGGGAUGGAAUGCGAGGCAUGGAUAUUUUGGCAGAGAGCGCGAGGAGAAUGUCGGAAGCGGAAUCGAGAAGUGCAUCGCCGGGCAAACGGAGUAGCCCAGUGAAAGCUCCUCCUACACCUGGAGCAUUCACUUCGAGUAAGGUCGCCAAUGGAGUCGUCCGUUCUGCUGGUGCGGGACCUCGUUAUCCCUGCGAAUUUUGCCCCAAGACAUUCUCGCGUCCGAGUUCGCUGAAGAUUCACCGUUUUUCUCAUACCGGUGAACGACCAUUUAUUUGCAAAGAGCCUUCGUGCGGGCGAAGCUUCUCGGUCCAAUCCAAUCUGAAGCGGCAUGCCAAGGUCCAUCUCCUCCAGCCUUCUGCUGGCGGGAGGAUUCAACAUCCACCAUAUACCUCGCCUCGCCGCGCGGCGGGUACUUUACCAGGGGCCCCGUACCCCGGUCACAGCUAUGGCGCGCAGAGCAGGGAUGGACGCUUGGCGAAUCUCUCUCCAAUGGCAGGUCAUGCUGACGCUAUGGACGAAGACGAAGUGGAAGAUGAGGAGGAAGAUCCAGAAUUAGACGAAGAGUAUGACGAGCUGGCGGAGGAUGGAGAAGAUUGA